UGGCCACACUAUGAAAAGACAUGAAGGUUACAUUAGUUUGAGCAGUCGAAAAAAGAGCUGGGAGAAAAGACAAAGCGAAAUAAAACGCAACCAACGCCUAAGUACCUAUGAAGAUAAACGAUUGUGUUUUAUACGCAAUUCUCACGUUCCUAGACUCAACAUCUUUUAUUUCGCUUCUUGGAAUCCAAUGACGCUAGACUUCUUGGAGUUUGUAUGAAGACGGGCAGAGACUCGUGGUGCAAGCAGUUCAGUAUACUGGCCAUUGGAGAAGCGACGGAACCCACAAGGAGACGGUCAUCUCGCUCGUGGGUGGAUAAUAAACAUUGCAGAACACGGAGGCCAACGUGGGUGCGCACGUCAAGCAGCUGAAAAAUGCGCACAUUUAUAUGUAUGUGUGCGAGAUCGUGCACAUACUGCCAUCUCGCUCUAACCAACGAAGUUCUUGCGGGCCAUCAACUAGAGGCUUGAGUGCGCAGUUGGCUGAUGAAAUCGAGUGAAAAUUUCUGGAUUGUGGUUUGUUUGGUAAGUGCCAAUUUGAUUGUUGAUUUGGGGAAAGGUUAGUCUGCGGGUGAUAAUUACCAGAGCAAUGAGCAAAUUAAGGGCAACGGAUGAAAUGGACGAGGAUAUCGUUGAGAUGGGAAAAGUGGAAAGAGAAUCCGCGCAAGGUGAAGCCUCAAAUAUGGAGGGGCCCGGGGUCGGCACAUCAAAAGAAGCCCAAUCACAUGGCGUUGUUAACGUUGGAUGGAGAUGUGGCGCCAAAUGCAAGAAGGUCAGCGGGCCAAUGCAAUGCAAAUGCAGCAGUUCCAAAUGGAAGUUCUGCGGAUGAAUCAAAUUCAAAUGGAAAGAACUAAUAUACUUCUGCGAUCCCUUGGUAUUAGUGGAAGGACAACUGGCGAGCCAGGACCACAAUCAACCACGGCUAAGCCCUCAGUGAUAUCAGACGCAGUCUCAUCACCAAGGCAACCGGUUCCUUCUCAGGAAACGCAAAGAAAAUUGUACGAUCUACCGGAGUUUAAUGUUCAACGAAGCUUUCACUAUGACCACUGCAGAGUACGGAUACAGUGACAGGCAAAAGGCAAAAGGCCUCCAAAAGGCAAUAAAGGUAGACCGUUUAAUGUUUGCUUAUUAUUAACGUUUCAAAUAUUGUAGAGACCCUUAAACAAAAUUUUGGUAGACCGGAGAAACUCGUAAAAAGCCAGAUUAGUCGCGUUAGAGAAUUUCCGAGCAUUCGAGAAGGGAGAUUGGAACAAUUAGUAGAGUUUAAAAUGAAGGUACAAAACUUGGCUUCAUUCUUAGAAGCAGCUAACGCACAUCAGCAGUUAAAAAACCCAACAUUAAUGGAGGAGUUAAUCUUAAAGUUGCCAGUGCAACAGAGACUGGAGUGGGCACGCCAUUCCAAGCAACUAGGAGAUGAAACAUCGAUCCGUCAUUUAAGUCUAUGGCUUCAGGGAUUGGCCGAAGAAGUGCAAGACGCAGGAUUGGUUGACGAUCAGGCGACGUUCAAGCCAAAGAAGGAAAAGUCGAGACUAUUCCAUGCAAACGACAUCGGACUUGUAACCAUGAAGGUGCUCCGCCUGCAAUGGGAAACACGACUUGGAAAACUGUAACUCAUUUUCCCAGUUAGAACUUGAAAAAAAAAAAAAAAAAAAAAAAAAAUGGCAGCAUGUAAGGGAACGAAAAUUAUGCUUUAAUUGCCUAAAGUACGGCCAUCGUAGUCAAAAAUGUAGACGACAUCACCAAUGUGGACUUGAUGGAUGUGCCAAACGCAUUCACCGUUUGCUCCAUGCAGAAUCAGUUAAUCAACCAGGCGAGGAAGUAAAGUUCACAGGAACAGCAACGCAUGAGGCUAGCUCAAUGAUUUUGUUUAAGAUAUUGCCUGUUAAUAUUCAUGCUAAAAAUAAAAUAGUGAGGUGCCACGCCUUUUUGGAUGAAGGUUCUGCAGUAAACCUUAUAAAUGAAAGCCUGGCAAACGAGUUAGGAUUACAUGGACCCAAAGAAAGUCUGACAUUGCAAUGGUUUGGAGAAAAGACAUCAACGGAAUUGGUCAGCCGAUUUAAUAUUGGAAUAUCUGAUGAACGUGGAGGCAAGGUCUAUGCACUAAACGGAGUAAGGACUAUUAAGGAUUUAAGGCUGCCGAAGCAAUCCGUAAACAUGUCUGAGCUAAGUUCGCAAUACCCACACAUAAAGAGUAUUCCUGUGAAAGGCUAUAGAAAUGCUAGACCUGAAAUACUAAUCGGACUAGAUAACCUACAUUUGAUAGCUCCAAAGCAAAUGAGAUCUAUGGGAUACGUUGGGCCAGCCAUUGCAUUAACCAAUCUGGGAUGGGUUGCGUAUGGAAAAUAUCGCGGAGAAUCAGGACCCAUGAGUAAUGUAAUCUGGUUAAAAACAAUGACGAGAACAUUGAACAGUUGGUGCGAGACUACAUCACGAAUUCGGAAAUGGACGUGCGGAUUGUGAAGAGCCACGUAGAAGGUCGAGAAACUGAGAGAUCGAACCGAUUGCUAUCAACCACGACAAAACGUAUUGGUGACCGUUUUGAAACGGGAUUACUAUGGAAAGUGGAUGACGUCGUCUUGCCUGACAGCAAGAAAUGGCAAAGAGACAAUUGUCUUUGGAAAGAAAAUUUAUACAUGAUCCAGAGUACUACAAAAAGUACUGCGACCUGAUGGAAGCAUACGAAGGAAAGUCAUACAUUCGGCAUAUCACAAGCAAUGAACUGGAAGUGGACAAGAAAAAAGAAGGGUUCCUGCCUCAUUUUGGGGUCUUAAAUCCUAACAAGCCCGGCAAGUUGAGAAUUGUUUUCGACGCGGCUGCAGAAGUCGAUGGAGUGUCGUUAAACUCCAUGCUCAUGACUGGCCCCGACGGGUAUCAAUCCUUAACGGACAUUCUUAUGAGGUUCAGACAGAAACCGAUUGGAGUCUGUGGUGACAUAGCAGAAAUGUUCCACCAAGUCAUAAUACGAAAGGAGGAUCGAUGUGCCCAACGCAUACUAUGGAGGAAGAAUCCAGGCGACGAGAUGAAGGAGCAUGAGAUGCAGGUCAUGACCUUUGGAGCCAAAUGUUCACCGGCCUCUGCUCAAUACGUGAAAAAUAGAAACGCACUUGAAUUUAAGGAAUCGUAUCCAGAUGCGGUGAAUGCCAUUAUUAAAAACCAUUAUGUGGACGAUUUGGUGCAUUGUUUUUCAUCCGAAGAAUCGGCUGUGAGAGUCGUGAAGGAGAUAGUUGACAUUCACAAAAAGGGAGGAUUCGAAUUGAGAAAGUUUGUGUCCAAUUCGAAAUUCUUCAACAAGUUUUUUGGUAACGAACAAGUAGCUGAACCCAUAACUCUUGAUAGGGAUGAAUCUUCGCAUUAUCAAAAGGUCCUGGGAAUGUACUGGUGUAUACGCAGCGACGAAUUUGGGUUCUCACUUUCGUUUAACAAAAUUGACGCAUCAAUCUCUUCAGAAUCGAGAAUACCUUCUAAGCGAGAAGUAUUGCGAGUGGUUAUGUCUGUGUUUGACCCAUUUGGAAUUCUAGCCGAAUAUUCCCUGAUCGCUAAACUGCUUCUGCAGUCAAUAUGGCAAAAGCGAACAGAGUGGGACCAGCCUAUUGAGGGCGAUGAUAUAAAGCAAUGGAAAUGUUGGUUGCGCAGCCUAAGCCAAGCAUGCAAGAUAAGGAUACCCCGAUGUUACGCUGAAGAGUUCUUUGGGGAAGCAAUUGAACUACACAUAUUUUGCGAUGCGAGUGAGUCAGCUUAUGCAGCAGUUGGAUACUGGCGCAUACGUACGAAAUCUGGAUGGAAUUCCGCAUUUAUAAUGGGAAAGACCAAGUGUGCCCCAAUGAAACUAUUGACCAUACCCAGGCUCGAGCUACAGGCGGCAGUGCUAGGAACUCGUCUCAGGAAAUGUAUUCUUGAGGGUCACGACGUCGGACCAAAUGUGUCCACAUGUGGUCCGACUCCAAGACUGUCUUAGCAUGGAUUAAAUCAGAUCACAGAAAAUAUAAGCCAUAUGUAGGACACAGAAUUGACAAGAUACUUGAAGCCACAAGGUUGGAAGAUUGGCAUUGGGUGUCUACUAAGGAUAACCCGGCAGACUUUAGCACCAAACUCAGAUCUGGAACUCGAGAAACCUCCUGGUUGAGAGGCCCUCAAUUCCUUCAAGAGGACGCAAGUCAAUGGAAUCUAGGAACUUCAGACGUUGGUGACACGGAACUGGAACUAAGAAGCAAGUUUACGUUAUCAAUCAAUGAGAUGUCUUCAGAUGGAUCUGUCAAUAUCGUAUUCAGGGAGUUGCUGGAAAGGUUCUCUUCAUUUACAAGUCUGAUGCGAGUUGUCGCUUGGGUCUACAGGAUGUGUGAUCGUAAGAUAAAACGAAAAGUCUACCUUGAUGUAGCUGAAAUUGAAGAAGCUGUACUCAUAGUGAUCCGCAAUGUACAGGAUGUUGCAUAUCAUGAUGAGCGGGUGGCGCUAUUGACUGGACAGUCCGAAAAGAACAGCCAGCUGUGGAAGUUGUCUCCGAUCAUAGACGGAAGAGGAGUGGAUUCGAUUGGAGAAGAAACCAGGCGUCCAAUAUUAAUGCCCCAAGGGCAUCACGUUACAAAAUUAAUCGUGCGACAUUAUCACGAGCUAUGGAAACAAUAGAAUGAAAACACAAUUAUAGCAGAAAUACGCAGAAAGUACUACAUACCACACUGCCGACAGGAGGUUCGCCGUGCAGCUAGAAAUUGUAUGACUUCUAAAAUCCAGAGAGCUUCACCAGAAAUGCCAUUAAUGGGACAACUUCCUAAGGACAGACUCUCUCCGUACGUACGCCCAUUCUCAUAUGUUGGAAUCGACUAUAUGGCACCGUUUCUGGUUGUAAGAGGAAGGAGUACCGAGAAACGCUGGAUAUGCAUAUUUACAUGCCUUACAAUAAGAGCAAUUCAUAUGGAAAUUGCCAGGGACCUGACAACAGACACGUGUCUUCGAGUAUUGCAUAACUUCAUGGAGCGGCGCGGAAGACCAGUAAGAAUCCGAUCUGACAAUGGUACCAAUUUGGUGGGAGCUGAGCGUGAAUUGAAAAGAGACUUACAGGACCUCGAUCACAUUAGAAUAGCGAACGAGUUGUCAACCAAGCAGAUCGAAUGGCUGUUUAAUUGCCCGCUAAACCCCCAUGCAGGUGGGUGCUGGGAAAGAUUGGUACGAAGUGUGAAGAGGGCCAUAGGACUCGCGCUGCAUUACAAAAACCUGAAAGAAGACAUACUGUAUAGCCUAAUGUGUAACGCUGAAAACAUAGUAAAUUCCAGACCGCUUACACACAUUGCUCUGGAUAACCCCACAGACGAUCCGAUAACCCCUAAUCACUUUCUUUUAGGUUCUCCCAAUUCUAGCACAGGUUGAUUGCUGGGUGUGUAUUAGUUGCUACCAGGCAAUUUGUUAUUGCUUCCGUAGCCACGUUGUUGAAUGCUCCGGAGAUGUCCACGAAUACUCCCAGUGCAUACUUUUUAUUGUGAAGGGCUUUCUCAAUGGUAGCUACUACCGAAUGUAGUGCGGCCUCCACCGAUUUCCCUUUAGUAUAUGCAUGCAGUUUGGUUGACAUCAGUCCCCCU